CUGCAGAGGGAGGUGGUAACGGUGAUGGGGAGCAUCUGGGGGCUUUGGGAAUUGUGGCCUUGCCAGGAACCUGCUGUGUGUGCAUAGAAAUGGAACAGAUUAACCAUUGCCUGCACUCUGAAAAAAUCUGCAUUCUACCUAUCUUGGCCUGUCUGCUUAGCUUAGCCCUCUGCACAGCUGGACUCAAAUGGGUCUUUGUGGAUAAGAUCUUUGAGUAUGAACCACCAACACACUUAGAUCCUAAACCCAUUGGACAGGGCCCAAUUACCGUAUCAGACCCCACACUCGGACUAACUGUGUUGAUUCCUCAUUCAUCUACAGUCUCCUUGACCACCGCCAAUGCCAUUACCCCAGGACAUCCUGAUGUUUUAGUGAAAGAGAAAUCUACACAAGGGCCAUAUGUGGCUCAGUCUCCACGAGUGACUCUGUCUGAUCACACUUUUACAAUGCGAUACAACAAUGAACGUCCCACCGUCCCAAAGCAGACUUCCAACUCUCAGACGACACAGGAAUUAAACGACAUCAUCGUCUCAACAAUCUCUGCCACCAGUACAGCCAAGACCUCCAGUCAUGUGACGCGCUGUAGUGACAGCCAGAGGAACUACUGUGUUAAUGGAGGGGAGUGCUUCACCCUUGAAAUCAUGCCAGGCAGCACAAAGUUUCUUUGCAGGUGCUUGGCUGGAUUCACUGGGCACCGAUGUGAACAAGCUGUGCUUAAGAAAGUCUCAGACCCAAAACCUGAGGAGCUGUAUCAGAAACGUAUUUUAACAAUAUCAGGAAUCUGCAUUGCACUCCUAGUCGUUGGAAUCAUGUGUGUGGUUGCCUACUGCAAAACAAAGAAGCAGAGAAAGAAGCUCCAUGAUCGUCUGAGGCAGAGCCUGAGGAAUAAGAGAAACAACAAUGCCAAUACUGGUAUUGACCCCAACCUAGCAAGCUCAGCCAGAGGACAUCAGAUUUCUAACUUACCUCUUCAAGAUUUGCAGCAUAUAAAUCAAUGUAAUGGGAUGGUAAUGCAGCAUGCGACUGAGAAGGAGACAGAAACAACCUUCUCCACAAGUAAAUAUGCAUUAUCUGCGCAUGAAGCCACUACAUUCACCCACAUCUCCAGCCAAAGGUUGGUAUCUGCCACAACAACUCCGACCCAGCUGUCUCCGGUGUCCCGGACCUCUCUAGCAACUCCAGGGUCUCCUUUAUCAGACAUGUCAGCUCCCUUGUCAAGCCAGGCCUUCUCUGUUCCAUCAGUGGCUUUAAGUCCCUCUGGUGAGGAGGAGUGCCCCCUGCUGUUGUCGAACACACGUCAGCCAAACAAGUCUUUGAGCCGAAAUGAACAGAAGAGGAACUCUGCCCACUUUAACCAUGGCCAUGAGGCCCAUAGCUUACCACCUAGCCCAUUGUUUACCAUGGAGAAUGGUAACUAUCAAAUCAUAGGUGAUCAUGAAACCACAGCUUCCAGCCAUAUGUUCUUAGCUUCACCUGAGAAGCUAUGUCAUACAAACAACAACAUUGACUGCAGCACCAAAAGAACCACCAAUGCCCAUUUGCUGCAUAAUGUAGAGUCCAGUGGUGUUGGCAUGCUGGUGAGCAAAACAGAGGAACCUCAGGGGGGACACAUGCCCUGCAUCACUACAGAUAGCACUACAGCCUUGUUGUUCAGGGCUAUGUAUAGCCGCAGGACUAACCCAGCAUCACCAAAUGAUGACCUGCAAGCCAAGUUAUCCAGUUCUGCCACCAAACAAGAUCCAGUCGCUGUGUAAAGAAAAAAAAGAGAAAUAGCUGAAAAAUAGCUGAGAAUCCUUUUAUGUUGAGGGGGGCAGGAAUAGUCACUAUUAAACCAUUAUUUUCUAUAAAUGAUUUGCUGUGUAAAUGAAAUGAAACUUUUAUUUUAGUGAUGUAGUAAAUAAAGAGUUUUAUAAAAGUGUACAAAUGUGUUCAUGUCUUGUAGGUAAAGUGCCAUACACUAGUAUGUAGCAAUGGUUCACAGUAUGUUUCAGUACAGAAAAAUAUCAAUGGUGCCUUUCUGUUUGUAUGCUUGAAGAACCUGCAACAUUGCAUACUGGGCCUUGUAUUCACCAUCUUAAUCUUCCAGUUAACAAUCAAAAAUAACUUGCUGGCUGCUUUUAUGUCCUGCAGUUGGAAGUGCCCACUGACAUGACAGUUUGAUAAUAAAAUUGUGUUCAAGGUGCAUGCUAUGUCGGUAAAUGCUGUGAUGGAAUAAUCAGCAGUUUGUGGUCAACUCUUCAGCCACUUAAACUUACUGAUAGAUUAUUUGCUGUCCUUUGUACAAAUUAUCAAAUUAUUGCCCUGUCUCACUUAGAUUUGUUUCUGAAAUACAACACUGAACACUUGGACUGAAUUAAUUAUCUCAUUAGCUGCAUUUAAUGAGCGGUGGAGAAAAAGUUAGAGAUCAUGUUUUUAUUUGUCACUGUCUAAAUCCAGUAUCCUGCUGGUGAAUUAAUAUUGUAACUGUUAGAUAAAGGUGCAAUCAGUAAGGUCUUGCUUUUUGGCAUUACUAUUUACCACCAUUUGCUAAUUACAAUGUAUAUGCUUAACAUAACCCUGUAGAUUAAUGACGUAAAGUUUGCAUUAGGAAUAGAUCUACAUAAUUCAAUUUUAGCUUUAUGUUAACAGGAUGCAGUAUUGACUUGAAUAGGCCUAAAUAUCCUGAAUAUGUCAAUCUCAGUCUCAGUUCUACAUUUCCUGUAAUGCUCAAAAGUAUCAUUUGUAAUUCAAGGUUAAUUUCUUUUAUGUUGGCAGGUAUCCACCUCCUCCCUGAGUACAAACUGACUGAGUUAAGGUGUUUCCACCAAAAACAUAAAUACUAGCAUGAAGACCAGCACUUCUCUAUUUCUUCAAGAGAACACUCGAUCACAGAAUGAUAUUACUGAUUGCAUCUUUAAAUGAAAGAAUAUCCACAAAAUGUGUACAGAAUGGAAGACUGAAUAUAUGCCUAAUCUUGUCCUUCAUGAAGACAUCCAUGUGCUCUUGAAUAAUGUAUUUUGGGAAUUAAAGAAAUUGUUAAAUAUAUUCAUGGUGGUUAACUGUUUAAAUUUGUUUGUCAUACCUCUGCUAUGAGUUUUUUUUUUUUUUAAGUUUGCUUUUUUUUUUGCAACAAGCUCGCGCAGACUCACUGUGUGUGAUUUUAAAAACAAGAUUGGUUUGUUCAUGUCUGCUAACAUGAGCAUAUUUAUGAAAAACUGUCACUACUCAAAUAAACAGAUUUAUGAAAAUUAAUCAAAACAAUCAUUAUUUGACUCUGUAAUUAACCAUUAAUUAAUAGUUAACCAUAGUUUCUUCAAAGAUUUUUAUGUAGACUGAGCUGUCAGCAAGCAUAUGAGUAAGUAUGACAGCUGCCCCAUAAAUAGUGCUUUAAUGGUGGCAAUACUGUAUUUUUUUUUUACACUGAGAUGAUUUAUUUAGCAAUUCUUGUUAAUUACAAACAUCAAUUACUGUUCUAUAAUAUAUACAUUUAUAUUUAAAAAAAACAUGAUUUAAAGAUGUAAAAUAUAAAUAACCAUUUGUUCCACAUGGUUAUUAAGAUGAAUAAGUAUUUGCAUAUUUUGUCACUUGUAUGCUUAAAUAACUCACAAUGCAUUGCUUUUAGGUCCAGGAGUGUCUUCAAAUGAUGUAAAUACACCAUGAAAACCUUCACCGCUGUUGUUUCUUAUUAAAUAUUGAAUCAUAUCUGAGUUUUGUGCUUCACAGUGUCAAAAUAUUUCUGUUUUCACUUUUAGCUCUUCUGUGUUACCACUGAAGAAUACUAUGAAAAUCUGAAUAAAACAAUUUGUGGAUCAUUUGCAGGCAAACAGGUCACACCAUAAUGCAGAUGAAGUAUACACUGUCAUAGUAUACAAUGGGUUGAUCAGGCUUAAUAAGCUUAUUGUGUAUGCUAGUUUACAUUAUUAUUAUUUUGGUUCUUUUUUUUCUUUUUUUAUCUCAAUACCCAUUACAUAUCCAUCAUACCAACUAAAAAAUGGGAAACAGCAGCAGUUUAAGAAUGAACGGAGCUGCUUCUUUCCAUACCUCCAUGCUGUCCACUAACUCUGGCCUAAGAGUACCCAUCUGCAGGCAAGAUGGCCGACAAGAGCCCCGCCAUAUAUCCAAUCCAUAUCGGAAGUCCAAAGCGGAAGUAGUUUCAAAAUAAAACAAAAAUAAAAUAAAAUAAAAGCUUCAAAACAUGCACGUUUACACCACUGUAUAGUUUACACAUAACACAUUCCCGUGCAUUCUGUACAUAUUUAUCGUAACAUAUAAUUGACUGGUUAAUUGUCCCGCCCAUACGUAGACACCGCAUUGUUGAGCGCUGAAUCGUACAUCGACGUCGCCGCCAUUUUGGAUGUGGCAAAGUAGAGCGCAGCCCUUAAGUUGCAGA